AUGAAAAUGGGCAGGGCAGAACGUCUCAAGUUGCUUUUCGGGGAUGAUGACGGAUCUUUAUUGCUGACAAACACCCGGUUGAAAGUGCCUAUGCCUGUGCCCACUGUGUCUGUUUUCGAGGUUCCAGAGACCAAGCCCGACAAUAUAGCAGCAAAGGAGCAGAAGAUCAAGGAGGAACCCUCUCAAGUGGAGAAAGACGAAGCCCCCAAGACCAUCGCCCACUCAGAAGACCAAAACCAGGAAGCACCAAAAGAUGAAUCUGAGGACCAGUCUGUCGCCAUUGCUGAGAAUCCUCUAGCGCCCCAGGAAACAGAAGUAUGCGUGUCUGGUAGCUUUUGUCCUCUCAUCGCUGUGUCCAGAUUCCCAUACCGGUUUAUCCACGGGGACCUUUCUCAAGCCGUUGCAAGUGCAUUCUUCGAUGGAGGUAAAUUCUGGAAACGCCGAUGGAACAUGUAA